AUGGCUCCUCUUGGGUCACUCUUGGCAAUGCUCGUGCUCUCACUGUCCUGCACUUCACUGGCCACCUCUGCCUCGCCCCAGAAGCUACCCAUCUCCACCAUCUCAGCAGCACCAGCAACACUGCCCAGUGUUGCCCCUCAGUCCUCCCCCUCCACCACCAUCUCAGCUGCCCCAUCACUCCUCCCAUCCUCCCCUCUCUCUCCCUCCCCAGCAUUGUCGCCCGACAUCACCCCGCUGCUUCCAUCCCCCGGCAGCGAGGCGGCGGCCCCCGGGUCCACGCUGCCAAUAAUACCGUCCAGCCCGAGCCCGCCGAACCCGGACGACAUGCUAGCCCCUGGGCCCAAUACUGCGUUGCCUCCAUCCAGGGCCUUGCCUGUCUCGGCCUCGCCAAGGGUUGUGAAUUUGUUUGCGGGGGUAGUCCUCUGUUUGUCAGUGGCAUUGUGCUUGGUGUUGCUUCCUGGUAUGUAA